GGGUGGCGGAGGCCGGGGCAGAGCGUCGGAGCGGAGUCCCGGCGGGGGGCGGGCGUUCGGCGCGAGCGAGAGCGGAGUCCCGAGUGCACCUGCUCCCUGUCCCGCGCAGCCCGCGAGGCCCCGCCGUCGAGCCGCCAUGGAGGUGCAGAAGGAGGCGCAGCGCAUCAUGACCCUGUCGGUGUGGAAGAUGUACCACUCGCGCAUGCAGCGCGGCGGCCUGCGGCUACACCGGAGUCUGCAGCUGUCGCUGGUCAUGCGCAGCGCCCGGGAGGUCUACCUCUCGGCCAAGGUGGACGCCCACGAGUCCGAGCCGCCCCUGCCGCCCGCCCCCUCCCCUGAGCCUCGCCUGCACCCCCCGCGGGAAGCGCACGCCGCGGCCGAGGCAGCGGCCCCCGACGGCGCGCAGCCCUUCCCGGAGCCCAUGGACACGCAGGAGGCGCCGAGAGCCGAGGAGAACCCCGCCCGCUGUGCCCCGCGCCCCGCCAAAGUCAGCCGCAAGCGGCGGAGCAGCAGCCUGAGCGACAGCGGGGACGCUGGACUGGUCCCGAGCAAGAAAGCCCGUCUAGAGGAGGCGGCGGCGGAGGAAGGGCUCUCCUCGGAGCUCCGCGAUCGCCUGCAGCCGCCUCCGGCACAAGCCGAGGGCGCCUUCCCCAACCUGGCGCGCGUCCUGCAGCGGCGCUUCUCCGGUCUCCUGAACUGCACCCCCGCCGCGCCCCCGACGGCGCCCCCGGCGUGCGAGGCGAAGCCGGCCUGCCGCCCGGCGGACAGCAUGCUGAACGUGCUGGUGCGGGCCGUGGUGGCCUUCUGAGGGCCCCCGAGCGGCGCGAUCGGAGCCCAGAGCGCGGCCGAGCCGUCGGCCUGAGUGCGUGGCCCCGAGGCGAGGCCCGCCCCCGGGAGAGCGCCCGCGGAAACCGUGGAGAGGAGCCGCCGCCGGGGCUGCCGAGAGGCCCGGAGAGGGACUCUGCCCCCGGGGAGCCGUCGCCAAGCGCGUGCGGCGUUGGCGCCGAGGAGCCUGAGCCGGGGCGCGGGCGCCUUCCGCCGAGACCCGGCGCGCCCGCAGGUGUUAUCCGAACGCACCGGGACGUGGACCUCGGCCUCUCCUGGGACUGGGAGAAGGGAGGCCUGGUGUUUCAACUGCCCAGGGUCGGACUUGAGUUUUUCACUGGGGGCCGUGCUGCCCCUUCCAGGUUUUUCGGUAGUUGGUGUUGGCAUCUCCGAUCUCCGAGAAUUUCUGGCCCGCCCCUCCCCCUCCAGUGACAUACUUGUGCAAGCGGUCACGGUUGCGUCAUGGGGCGGACGUGGGCGCUUCCUGUUGCCUUGCGGGGGUGUGGGGCCUGGGAGGAGGGUCUGGGGUGCGGCCCGCCCUGGGGGAUGGGAGGCGGGCGGCCUGAGUCACGCCGCCCCCGCGUGCUGCUGGUUCGGCCCCGCGCCCCUGCGCCUGCGGCGGUGGUGGGGGCUGCUGUAAUUGCAGGCGAAACUUUUUCUCUUCGGUUGCGUUAGACGUGGGAAGACGGUCACAGUCUCCAGCGUGACCGUCCCUCGGACACACCGACACGAUCAACCUAGACGUUCCUGGUCUGAAUCACAAAUGGAGGGGGGUGGGUGUUAGGGCGCUGUCAGGCCGGACCGGGCCCGGUCUCUCGUGAGCCCGGGCCAGUUUGGGGACAGGAGAGUCUUGUCAGCGCGUCUGAGGGUCUGUUUACUCUGGUGGAUUCUAACUCCAUCUAUCUGGUCUUUUGCUAGGAACGCCAGAUAGACAAAUAAAGACCAUUUGAAUCAAAA